CUCAGGCUUCAAAUACAGACGCGAGCGGCGGCGGCGGCAGCAGCAGCAGCAGCGAAGCGAUCAAGCGAACGAGAUGGCCAUGGAGCUUCCUCUCUUCCUCGGGGACGGCCCGGACGCCGCCCUCUUCUCCUCCCUCUGGUCCUCCUUCCCCGACGACCUGCAGCCGCCGCCGCAACAAGAGAGCGUGGCGGAGCUGAAGCAGACCCUGCUGGCGACCACGCUGGAGCUGGAGGCGGCGAGGGAGGAGCUGAGGCGGAAGGAGCAGAGCAUCGCCAAGCUGUCGGACCUGGUGCGCGAGGUGGCCAAGGAGCGCGACGACGCGCGGGACCAGGCGCAGAGCCUCCGCCUCCUCGCUGCCCAGGCCGCGCCGCCGCUCGUCACGUCCAGCGUCACCGACUCCGACUGCAGCCUCGCGUCGUCCCCCGUGGACCCGUUCUUCGACCCCGUCACGUCCGCCGACAACAGGCGGCGCUGCAAGUUCAGCCCCGCCACGCCGCCGGCCGCGCCCAGGCAGCAGCAGCAGCGCCAGCCCGGCGCCGGGCUCGGGUCGGCGGCCGACGCCGCGCUCGAGAUGCUCGCCGCCAAGAGGCCCCUGCCGCACAGGGGCCGCCUGCUGGCCGCCGUCAUGGAGGCCGGGCCCCUGCUGCAGAACCUGCUCGUCGCCGGGCAGCUCCCGCGCUGGCGCAACCCGCCCACGGUGCGCGCACCGGACACGCUGCCGCUCGGCGCCUCCCGCGCCGCCGGGUACGCCGACGACGCGGUCACGCUGGCCGCCAGCGGCUGCACGAAGCGGCCGAUGGCCGCGGCCUUGCCCGUGCUGCCCGCCGCCAGCUGCUCGCCGGGCUUCAUCGCCAAGCGACAGAGGCUGCACUGACGGACUGACGGCAGGAUCCACCGUCGUCUUGUGUUUGAUGAUGACGAGCGAAACGAAACGUUUGAAGAAGCGAUCGAUGAUGGUAUUAGAUGCUAACUGCACAGUAGUGUUAUCUGAGCCAUAGAAAGUAACUUAUGUUACUAGAAGUACAGUCAGUCAGGUUCUGAAUUUUGAUAAUGCGAUCCAUGUGAAUAGCAGGUUUUUUUCCCACCCGCACUUGCUCGUUUUCUCUUCCGUUUUUCAUUUUUGAGCUUGUCAGUCUGAAGGCUGUUCAUAGCUCCACAUGGCUUGGCUUGGGGUCAGCAAAUCUAUGUAUCUAUAUAAGUCUGUCAUUCAGUGGAGAGCUUGUUCUUGAAAUGUUCUCUGCAAGUCAAUAUAUGCUACUACGUUU